UGCCUCCCGGCGGCCGCCAACCUGACCAUGCGGUUCUCGACACACGCGCCGGAUUUCCAUUGUGAAUCUCUCCACAGUUUCCAAAAACGCCUCGCGCAUCACCGCCACUGCCGCCAUGCACGCGGCCGCCCGCGAUGUCGAGCUGGGACUCGUCCGACCACAGGAUCUAGAGUCGCCCCCGAGUCCUUCUGCUUCAGGCAGUCCAGCAGCAGCAUCGUGGCUCGCCUGGCCGCGACGUGCCCUCGCGUCGGGCAACGCCCUGCCGGCCGUGCUCUUCGCAGUCGCCCUGGCCGGCCUGUCCACCGCCGCCGUCCUCAUCCACGUCCGGUGGCCGCACUCGGACCACUGGCGCGUGCCGGCGUACCUCGCCUCCAUCUCAGCCCAUCACCUCCUCGAGGCAUGUGUCGCCGCCCGCCACCGUGGCGGCCCGCUUUUCAGCCACCAGCAGGACUACUUCGACAUGGACGAGUACGACUGCUCGCCGAUCCGGCCCUUCCUAUCCGGCAUUGACAGCUGGCCCAUCUAUGCGGUCGCAUCGGUCGAGUGCAUCGUCCGCUUCUCGGCCCCCCGCAUAUACUACCUCGCAUUCUUCGAAAUCCCGCCAUUGACCGUCGUGGGCAUCCACCUCAUGCUUGCAGGCCACGUCCUCCGCGCCCUGGCACUACUGCACGCGUCGUCCGCGGUCCGCAGCCAACUGGCCAGCGACGCCCCUGGCGCCGAGACCCGCCCCUUGCUGCUCGACAAGGACAAGCCCAUGCGGCCCGUCCUCCUGACCACGGGCGCGUACCGCUUCCUCCGGCACCCGGGAUACCUCGGCCUCCUGCUGUGGACUGUGGGUAGCCAGUUCAUGGUCUGCCCGGGCCUCGUCUUCCCCACCUUCACCGUGAGCAUGGGCCCGAUCAUCUGCUUCACCUGGGCGCACCUGGUGGGCAGGAUCAGGAAAGAGGAGCGCUGGCUCGAGAGGACGUUUGGGCAGGCGUAUGCCGACUACAAGGAGCGCAGCUGGACGCUGAUCCCCUUUGCGUGAGGAGGUUGCGGGGUGUUGAAACCAACUUUUGUCGUCGGAGUCAUCCACAUAGCCAAAGCCAGGCGUGAAGUCGCUUCCACAAGGACACGACGACGGUACAGUGUAUGAGGCUCAUCCAAGUCAUCAUCACGUGCCGACAGUAGUGAGCGGUCUCAUUGCGUUAAAUGAUAGGGUUGAGAAAGUAGAAUUUAUAAGAAACUAAUAUUAAUGAGAGCUUGCUUGAAUAUCCUCGACCGGAUUGAUGGUUUCAAAAGGAGCAGCCCUUAGGGAACAAACCACACUCUCGAUUCGCACAUCGCAGCCAGAUUCGGCCCUUGGACGGGCAGAUGGUAGGAAUGGACGAGCAGACAAGCAAAUUUUGGG